AUGUCGAGAAGUACAGAAAACAGACAUUUACGCGAUGAACAAAAGAAAUAUGCGACAGUGCAAACAGACGACGGCAACUUUGUUGGAUUCCAAGCGGAGCCAUUUUGGAGAAACCGUCCCGAACUUUGGUUCAAGAAGAUUGAGGCACAACUUUCGAAUUGCAAUAUCGACGUUGACACUAAAAAGUUUAAAUUCGUCGUAUCACUUCUCGAUGAAGGUACCGCAUUGGAGGUCAAAGACGUUAUAAUCGAUCCUCCUGAUUUUGAUAAGUACGAUUAUUUGAAGGAACAACUCAUUAAGAGGAUCACGGCUAAAAAUGAACGGGAAGCAAAGAAAAGAAUGAUGGCGGAACCGAUGGGCGACCGAAAACCCUCACAGUUUUUUUGUUACCUAAACGUUUUGGCGGGAUGCUAUGUGCGUGAUGAUUUUGUGGAAGAAGUCUGGUUAGAGUGUUUGCCAAGAAAAAUACGUGCGGUUGUAGAAUGUCUUAAAGAUUAUACGAUUGAUACACAAACAAAAAUAGCUGAUCGUGUUCACGAAGUUUUCUUUUCACCGCUGGCAGAACGGCCGACGAAUACCCCGGCAAACUCAGCACUAAUGGAAUGUUUGGUGAAAGAAGUGGAAAUUUUGAAUAAAAAAGUUCAAACUCUGAAACCUAGAGGGCCAUAUAGAGCGGGCUCAAAGAGCCGAGAUGUGCAGAGUAACGGCCACCCUACGAAACCUCAAAGCAAUAUGCCGAAAUACAUGACGCAAAAUCAACCUUGUCAAUACCAUACUAAAUAUGGCGUCAAGCUAUGCAAAAUGCGCAAAAAUUGCAACUGA